AUGCUCACUUUCAACAGACAGCGUUGGCAGUUUCAAGUUCGAAACGAGGAGGAGCAGCCCGAACGCGGAUUGAGAACGUUGGAAGCAUCCCUCGCAGCCAGACAGUACACCGAGUGCAGUGAAUAUCUUGGACUCGCGUCGGUGGCAACGCUAGUGGCUCAAAAUAUGGACUGUCGAGUUGUAAACGUUCAAGAUACAAAUCUCGGCAACCAGGAUAUGAAAAUCUUGAUUGCGGUGCUCGCCCGGCUUCCGGUGAUCACUUCGAUGGGAAAACGUUUUUGA